AUGGCAAGAAUAGGUGACGGAUGGAUUUAUACUACAGAUAAUGAUGAUAUUCAUCAUUUCUACUUAAAUAAUAUUCCUAUGCAAUUCACACAUCACUUGCCAUUUUCAAAUAUACGAUCUAAUGAAAUUGAUGUACCAUCUGAAAAACAAUGGACUGAUCAAUCAUUACUUUCAAAUACAAAUAUCAAAAAUUAUUUAAUUAAAUCCGAUAUGUCGCAUCAAAUCGCAUAUAAAAAUAUCAUUGACAAAUGGAAACAACUUAAAAUCGAUCAAACAAAUCAAGUUAUAUCAUUAUUUGAUGCUCAUUAUAAUAUGCAUAUACAUUUUCGUAAAGAUAAUAAAAAAUAUUCUCGUUUAUUAAAAAAUGAUAAACCCUGUAUACAUUGUAAACGUCUUAUAAAAGAAUAUGAAGAAAGAGAAUUAUUAAAAUUUUCAUCUAUCAAUAAAAUUCAACAUUAA